AUGACUGACAUUGAUAGAGUGAUUUACCCGAUUGAAUCCUUGUUCACCACUAACUACCGACUACCCAAAGAUGUUGACAGAGCUCGCUUAGAGGCUAAUGAUCCAAGUCCUGGGAGUAGCUAUUCUGGUACAAGCCGUACUGCCUAUCUCCCUGACAACCGUGAAGGACGUGAAGUGUUACGUUUAUUAAAGUUGGCAUUUGAACGUAAAUUGACUUUCAUUAUUGGUACUUCAGUGACAACUGGAUGUAACAAUACUGUUGUAUGGAAUGACAUUUAUCAUAAAACUAGCAUGUAUAGAGGACCCUCUGGGUUUGGAUACCAGGAUGACACAUAUUUGAAGCGAGUAAAGGAGGAAUUAGCUGCAAAGGGAGUUGUAUAA